AUGCUGGACAGCAUGCCUGAGGUGGCCUGGAGCUUCAAUGUUCUGUCCAGCACAGGAGUGUUUGAUGACUCCAUUACUGUGCACAUCCGAACAACAGCCAAGAGGGGCACCUCAGACCCCAUGACGGGCCCCUUUCGGCCAGUCCCACAUGUGACAGAGCUGCCAUCCAGCGCAAAAGGCUGCCCAAAUGGACAAUUCAGCGGCUCAGAGGUGUCAUUUGCAGUCACUGCAGACGCAUGUCACUGGCUCGAUCUGCUGAAUGCUGUGCAAGCCGCUGUUGAGACAAGCCUCAUGGUGGCGCCCCCUGCUAGUCUGGAGCAGAGGAUCCAGGGCUUUGAUGAGCAUGUCCAGGGCAUGGGGUUGGAGCCAUUGCCCAAGAAGAUCCAAUUUGCCCUGGAGCCUCCGCUGGACACCAUGACACCUUCAGAGCGGCUGACGGAGGGCCUGCGCGCCUACUUCCUGGAGGCUCCUAUGCCUGAGCCAGCAGAACUACUGCCAAGCAGCCAGGAGCCGGAUACAUCUCAGCAGACAGCCGUGUUUGUCAGCUCUGACCAGGCUGGCGCAGCACCAAGGCCAAGAUCAGGCGUCAAGCUCUUGCUGUUUGAGAACUACGGGUUGCUGCAACGCCCCCAAGAUGGCAUUCUGAAGGCACUGGAGAGAGUGGAUUGGGUCCAAUACAAUAUGCCCCUGGAGGGCAUUGUGAAGCAUGCAGAUGGGAGCGCUACCCUCAAAUUCGCGCAGACUGUGGAUCAGAGCAGCACAGACAUCCGGCUAAUAGUGUUCCAUCUGGUGUCAUCAGAGUUGAGCUUCAAGAAGCCAAAGAAGGGGCUCAUGCCCCCAGGUCUCUGGCUCCAGCUAGAGGCAUGCCUUGAGCAGAUCGCGCUGGAUGUCAUGGCUGCUGCAGCCAACAGCUCUCAAGCAGCGGUGUCCCAGGGAGCAGAUGCAGAGGUCGAGGCAUGA